CGCACCCAAGUUCACAGAGCCGUCGGCCGUGUGUGCGGAGCUCGGAUAGGCUGUCCCGGUGUGUGUGUCUGCGUUACUCGUACUAUUGUUGUGCUUUGGAUGGACAGACCGACUUCUGAUUCACUUUAGGUCUUUUUCUCCGACCAGGACGGACUCAUUUAAACUUCUGAACUUUGUGAACAUCUCCCGGCUUUGUUUCCUCUCGAUCCCCGCUGAUUUAUGUUCAUGGCGCGGUCUAACCAAGAUGGACACGGCUGGAGACUAGAUAACGGCUUCACCCAUUUCAUCUAAAUGUGGACUUUAUUUAAUAAUCCGCUGAAAAACGUGUUUCUUAUCAACUGGAUGUAGCCGGACUGGGCAAUUUCCACCCCAGAGGUCACAUCCUAUAAUGAACAUUUUCCCUCUGAAGUUGCGCUGAACUUUUCCCACGACAUGUCGGGAGUGGUCCGCACCCUGAGCCGCUGCCUGCUCCCGGCCGAGGCCAGCCGGGACCCGGGCAGCAGCAAGGAGAGGAGCCGGGAGAGGGACGCGGCGCAGGAGCGGGAGGCGCGGCGCAGGAGCCGGGAGAUAGACGCGAUGCUCGCCCGGGAGAGGAGAGCCGUCCGGCGGCUGGUGAAGAUCCUGCUGCUCGGGGCCGGGGAGAGCGGAAAGUCGACAUUCCUCAAACAGAUGCGCAUCAUUAACGGGCAAGAGUUUGAUAAAAAAGCACUUCUGGAUUUCCGGGACACCAUCUAUGAGAAUAUACUGAAGGGCAUGCGCGUGCUGGUGGACGCCCGGGACAAGCUGGGCAUCGGCUGGCAGAGCUGCGAGAACGAGAAGCAGGGCAUGCUGGUGAUGUCGUGGGAGGGACGCGUGGGCGGCUCGGGGGUCGAGCCAAGCGAGUUUCAGCUGUACGUGACGGCGCUGAGCGCGCUGUGGGCUGACACCGGCAUACAGGAGGCCUACGCACGCCGCUCCGAGUUCCAGCUGAGUGAGUCAGUCAAAUACUUCCUGGAUAACUUGGAUCGCAUUGGUCAGCUGAACUACAUCCCAAGCAAGCAGGACAUUUUGUUUGCGAGGAAGGCGACUAAAGGCAUCGUCGAGCACGACUUUGUCAUCAAGAAGAUUCCUUUCAAGAUGGUGGACGUCGGCGGGCAGAGGUCCCAGAGGCAGAAGUGGUUUCAGUGUUUCGAUGGGAUCACGUCGAUACUCUUCAUGGUUUCGUCGUCAGAGUAUGAUCAGGUCUUGAUGGAGGAUCGAAGGACAAACCGUUUGGUGGAGAGCAUGAAUAUCUUUGAGACGAUCGUCAACAACAAGCUCUUCCUCAACGUGUCCAUCAUCCUCUUCCUCAACAAAACAGACCUGCUGGUGGAAAAGAUUCGCACUGUGGACAUCCGCAAGAACUUUCCCGAGUUCAGAGGAGACCCACGCCGGCUAGAGGAUGUACAGGCGUUCCUGGUGCAGUCGUUCAGCCGUAAGAGGAGAAACCGAGGGAAGCCGCUCUUCCACCACUUCACCACUGCGAUAGACACAGAAAACAUUCGUUUUGUCUUUCACGCCGUCAAGGACACCAUCCUGCAGGAAAACCUCAAAGAUAUCAUGCUGCAGUGACCUUCACGCUGCAGACGACAGCUUCCCUGACUGUAAAACUGUGAAACCAGCCAUGAAUCCAGGGCUGGAGGACACUCCGGCCCACGAGUGCAUAUUAACACUGACCUGUGGAGCAGCCAGUUGACCCACAGUGUGGCUUUAACUGAACCCUGAACCUGUGGAGCCAUGAAGAGACUCUGGACCCGUUGGCCUGCGUCGACCCCUGUGGAAACCCCUUGGGAGGGUCACAGAGGACGAGAUCCUGCAUUUAACCUGUAUAAAUGUGUGUAUGCUGGAAAGACAGCCACUUCUUGUAGCUCUCAAGCGUUUUAGAAGAGAAGAAAACAAAUUAGAGAAAAGCACCAACUACAUGACCUGAGCACUGAAAGUGUUUUUUUUUUUUUUCUCAGAUGUAUAUAUGACUCAUGACAACCCUGUCACUAAACCACGUCAGACUGCUGCCAGUUGAAAUGUAGCCGGAACGAGCUGCGUGAGCGAGAAACCGGAGGGACAGAGAGGAAAAAACAGAAAGUUUAGAGCGAGCAGAAGAAUGCCUCGUCCUAAUGUACACGUGACGGAGGCAGAGGGGUGGGGGUCUGGGCCCCCGUACUGGUCAUAUGCUGUGUUAUGUGAUAAGGUUGCACAAGUGUUCCUGUCAGUGAACUCUGGCAGAGGAGCGAGAUGAAGCUCUCUCAUGCUCCCUCUCCUCUCCUGUGCUGCGUCUCCAUCUUUACCUCUCCUCCGCCGCUUGUGUUUGUUCUCCUUCUCCGGCCGUCAAGCAGGAGAUGAACAGCUGCAGAUAACAAGUCUUAUCCCUCUUAAUCUGCCCUCUCCGGCACAAUACGCAGAUUGUUCGCCUCCUCCCUCCCCGGCAGGAGCAGGAGGCGGUCAAAUUAGAGACUCUCAGCUCCGAGUCCUGCGUGAUUUAUGGUUCAUCUCUAUCCCAGUGCCUUCUUCUGUUUCCCACCAACAUCCCAGUAGAAGGACCACAACAGCGUAGACUUAACUUGAGGCAUAUUCUAAGUAUCCCCUUUACAAGAAGGCUUUGGUGUACGGUUACGCUACUCGUUCCCGUUUUUUUGUCCUGUGAACGUGAAGGGAAAAGCAGAGAAUGACAGGGUUGAACUGUAAAUGACCUUAUUCCCAUGAUGCCGGUGGCCAUUUUGGACUUCUGUAGCAGUCAGGGUGGGAAGUCUACGAGGAAGGUUGGCGCAAAACACCGAAACCGUAGCACGUGACCAAAACGAGAGUGAAGAAAACCACAGGGAGGUUUCUACCGUAUGCAGAUGAUACACAAUGAAGUUAUUUCUCUUCACAGAGUCUGUGUUUCUACAUCUGGUCACCUUUGAGUUUUUUUAUCGCACUAAUACCAUAGAAGAAAAAGCUCUAGUGCUGCAACAAUGACUUGAUUAAUUGAUUAGUCAACUGACUUUGACUUUUGACUGAAUUUAUUGUCAUGAAUCAAAGAAACAUAUGGGACAGUUUGUUGUUAAUCCCCUGAUUUAUAUCAUUGAGAUUGAAUAUCAUAGGCAAAGCAAGUCAUUUGACACAUCACUUUUGGCUGUAGAACACUGUGUUCACUGUUUUCUGACAUUUUAAAGCUGCACUAGUGAAUAUUUCUAUGUGUUUAAUGUGAAAGGUGCAGUGUGAUGAACCUGCGGGGAGCUUCUUCCAGCUCGUCCUUGUUGUUUCACAGCUCGGUUCAUGCGAACAGCAGGCAGCCGUUUUGAGAAAAAAACACUUGUAUGAACCCAGUGUAGCACCAAACAGCAGCAACGGGUGAACAUAGGGGAGCAUCGAGCAGCUGAAGAGCCAGAUAUGUACCUCAGGAGGUGACUGAGACCAAACCAGAGCAAAAAGGGGAGUGAACUCUGGUGUUACAUUCAUGAGGUGACCAGACACAUGACUUUAGAUAAAUUAACACUUUCUAAUGCGCUCAUUAUAUCAACUUUACAAGGUGAUAAUACACUCAAUGGCCACUUUAUUAGGUACACAUGCUUGUUAAUGCAAAUAUGGGGUUUACAGAGAAAUGUGUGACACCACCCGGUAUUAGAUAUCAGCAGAUUUAAAGAUCAAGUGAUUAAUCAAUUAAUCAAACAAUAACCAACAGAUUGACCACUAGUUGCAGCCCUGUUUCAUGACUCCGUUUUCUGGUAGAAUAAAGAAAAUGUGCUGUUGCACUGAUUUAUGAAAGUGGUUAAACUGUGUCUAUCAUGUCCUGCUAUGUGAUUUUGAAGGGACGCCUGCCAGCCAAUCAGAAACAUGUAUUUUCAAAAUAUGCUAAAAUUUGAACCCUUUCUUCCGUUCUUCAAACCAGUUCUUGCAAAGAUCUGUUCAAAAGGAGAUGAGAGGAAAACGUUGACUUGAUUCCCAACAUUUGCAUGACGUGCAUUUUGGUACGCAGCGGCAGGACACAGCUGGGCUGCUCCUCCCUCACUCAGCGUUAAGUCCAAAUGGCCUCGAUGGGAAUGAGGCGCAUCACGAGCACUUCCACACGCCUUAUUACAAUACUGUACUAAACACUUUGUGCAUGUUCAUACGUCUUGUACAUACGUAGGAUACUGUAAGUAUUUGACUGACACUGUGUGUAAUGUGGUAACCUUACAAUACAGACACCGCUCUGCCUAACAGCGUCACUGUAACUGUAACGUUGCUGUAACAUUUGUCGUUAACUAACCUACCUUCUCCACUCACACAAGUUUUUUUUUGUUUGUUUUUUUGUAAGUUUCGUCAUUGCACUGGAUGUGUCUGAGAGAAAACAACCAGAAACGAAAAGGUCUGGGGGGGGGGGGCAACAAAUAAACAGACGGAUGGAGGCAGAGGAUGAAAAGAGGGAGGUCUUCUGCUUUUGUUUUUUGUUUCCCAGUGCCUUGGCUCUGUGCUCUGUGGUGAAAUACACUGCCGUUUGCUGACA